ACACACCUCACUUCACUUCACAUCCUCGGCGUCUCUGUCGACACUCUCGCCAGAUCAUUUCCCACACGCCUUCCUCCGCCGAGGCCGUCCGCCAUGUUCAGCUCGGCAUUCACCAUCAAGGCCGAAGCCCGCCUCCGCAGCGGCAGUCGGAAGAAGCUCAAGACCGAGCUGACCAGCCGGUUUCCCUCGCUCGCCUUUGAUGACGGCCGCUCACUCAAUGCCCUCCUGCCGAGCUCGCAAAAGUCGGGCCAACCGCUCAACGAGACCUCGGUCGACAUCAUCACCGCCACUGGACAGACGGGCACCGUCGUUCUCGUGGAUGGAGAGCCUAUGUUUUACAGGGACGGCCACGAGGGCAUUAUCCCGACCGUGUAUGCCUUGUGGAAGGUUCCUCAUCUCUGCCAGCUGCAGAUCGAAACCACCGACAUUCGCGACAGCAAAUCGCAAGAGCAACUCGGUAUCGAUGAAGUUCACGGCCUGCCGGAAAGGGAUCUCAACUACCAGCCGGGCGAGCCCGUUGUCCUGACGGUCUCCCGAGAUGGCAAGAGGGUCGCGUAUGGUGUUGGCAUCACCCUGGCCUCGAAGAGCGAAAUCAGUUCCGGGAAGAAGAAAAAGUUUGCACGGAUCGUCCAUGUCUAUGGCGACCAUCUUUGGUGUGUGUCGCUGAAUGGAGCUCUCGUAUCGGCCUUGGCUAUCGCUUGCCGCUGUUAUUGACAGCGUGGGGCUGUUGUCCGCUUUGAUGCCCCCAGGCUCUAUGGCAGCAAGUAUGCCCCGACUGGCCUUGCAUCCUGCGGGACCAGUGUUCGUGGCGAAACAACCGACGC